UGGUACAAGACUGUUGUGAAUAGCCUUGUACCAUGUGAUCUCUGUGAUCAUUCACAGAUAUCAUGUAGUAAGCAAUGAUGUCAGAAGUGACAUCUUGGUUAUUACUAUUCAUGUGAUCACUGAUUGGCCAAUUAGUGAUCACAUGAUCGGAACCUCACACAGAGGUCCCAUACAGCGAUCGGUGUUCCGCUGUACACAGCAGGCACCGGAUCGCAGUGCUGCGCGCUCCCAGACUAAAAUGGUGGGGCGCCGUUCGCGAACGGCAACCCGCCCCUGCACUGCUCCCGUCUGGCCGUUUUAUGGGAUGGAGGAGAAGUGGUUA